AUGUACUACUUCUAUACACAGAAUCAAUCAUCGAUAAAAGAUAAUGUUGGUACAUAUUUGAAACGAUUUGGAAAGAAUUCAGAUGGAACUGAUCCAAUUCGAACUGUUUUCGAAUCUGAAUAUGAUCAUGACGAUUUAGAAGUAUUUUACAAUUUAGUAAGCAAAGAAUUUGCUUUAGGUUUACGAUGCAUGAGAAAACCAGAUCAACCGGUAACGACAUCGAAUUCCAACCUAAAUGAUACCGAUCAAAUGAACAGUAAUCGAACUCAAGACAGAUCAGCGGCGCUACAAAAAAAUCAUAACCAGUCUUCAUCGAUUAGCAACGCUUCACAUGGAUUUCGCUAUUCGUUUAUUAUCGCAAAUGCUGAUGCUUGUUCGUAUGAAUCAGUUGAUCUUCUGAUUAUCGUUAUAUCCAAGUCAGAUAAUUACAAAACCCGUGAUGCUAUUCGUCGAACAUGGGAUUUCGAUGAGAAACUCAAUCAAAAUAUUCGAUUAGAGAACAAGAUCUUCCGCGAUAUCAUCCAAGUUGAACUACCACAGCAAUAUACACUUGUCACACACCGAGAGUUAGCCUUAUGGGAAUGGUCACUUCGUUAUUGUCAUUCGGCGAAAUUUCUCUUCAAAACAGACGAUGAUGUCUUUGUUAAUCUCGUUGCACUUCUCAAAUUCAUGUCGCCAUUACGUCAUAAACCAAGGAAGAAUGCGNUGGAAAUUGAACAAAGCUUGGAUCCAAUGGUUCGUCGUCUCGAGCUAGAAAUCAAUUGA